AUGCCAUCGCCUCUAGCCCUGUGCCGCUACCUCCCUGGCGAGCUGUCCCCGUCGGUGGACUCGCGGCCCUGCAGCAGCCCCUCGGUGGUCCCAGGGAAGGCGGGGAAGCUCUUCCUGGGGGUCACUCCUCCUCGGGCCCCACGGCUGCCACGCCGGCUGGCCUGGUGCUCCAUUGACUGGGAACAGGUGUGCCUGCUGCACCGGCUGGGAGCCGGAGGGUUUGGCUCCGUGUACAAAGCCACCUACCAUGGUAUUCCCGUGGCCAUCAAGCAAGUUAACAAAUGCACCAAGAACCUAGGCGCAUCCCAGCGGAGUUUCUGGGCUGAGCUCAACAUUGCAAGGCUGCGCCACGACAACAUAGUACGAGUGGUGGCUGCCAGCACGCGCACGCCGGAGGGCUCCAACAGCCUAGGCACCAUCAUCAUGGAGUUUGGGGGCAAUGUGACUUUACACCAAGUCAUCUACGGUGCUACCCUCUCCCCCGAGGAGGCGGCGGCAGGAGAGCCUUCCCGCUGCAGCGCAGAGCAGUUAAGUUUGGGGAAAUGUCUCAAGUAUUCCCUGGACAUUGUGAGCGGCCUGCUUUUCCUUCACUCCCAAAGCAUUGUGCACUUGGAUCUGAAGCCGGCGAACAUUUUGAUCAGUGAGCUCGAUGUCUGUAAAAUCGGUGACUUUGGAUGCUCCGAGAAGCUGGAAGACGUGCGGAGCUUCCAGGCUCCCGCUCAUCACGUAGGGGGCACGUACACCCACCGAGCCCCGGAGCUCCUGAAAGGCGAGACCGCCACGCCCAAAGCCGACAUCUACUCUUUCGCCAUCACUCUCUGGCAAAUGACCACCAGGGAGGUGCCGUACUCCGGCGAGCCGCAGUACGUGCUGUACGCGGUGGUGGCCUACAAUCUGCGCCCGUCCCUGGCGGGGCCCGUAUUCACGGCCUCGCUGGCCGGGCGGACGCUGCAAAGCAUCAUUCGGCGCUGCUGGGAGGCCAGCGCUCUGCUGAGGCCGAGCGCAGACCAGCUCCGGCUGGACCUGGACGCUCUAAAAGCCGUCCUGGGCUGA